AUGAACCAGCUCAACAACACACAAACUCCUAAAUCAAAGGCAAUGCAGGCAGACCCCUCGCACAGGCAUCGGCUGCCUCCUCACCAGCCCGCCCGGCGGAGCAAACGCUGCGAGCUCAGCGCUGCCUUCCCACCCAUCUGUGCGCCCAUGCCUGCUGCUGACAGCUCCAUAUUACGUUUCACAGGGCUGCUGCUGAACGCGUGCUCAUACAGUAACACACGCACAACCCUCCCUGUGUCACCUCGCUGCCGAGCCCGUCUGCAUCGCUUCCUGCCAGCGCUCGGCACCCUCAGAGCAGCGGCUGAGAAAGUGAGCAAACGUCCUCGUGCCGAGGUUGGGCAGCUCAUGGGCGAGCGAGACGUGCUGAGUCGCAACGCUGCUGCCGCCACCGAAACGCAGCAUGGGCUGGGACAUCCCGCUGCCGCACAGAUCAUCAGUACGGCUGCUCAGCCAGAGGAAGCAGCCCAAACUGCAGGUCUAAAACAUCCCAGGCUUGGAGGUAAGAACAUGACUGCCACAGAAAUGAAGAGAAAUCAGGGGAAUGAUGAGCUGCCAUGUCUUAGUAAUUAUGCUCCGUGGAAAGAGUGUUUUUAUGAAAAGGUGCAGCAGAGGUGUCUGAGUCUGCAGAAGGCAAAGGUGAAGACAGUUCGCGCACAAAAGGCAGAAGAAGAAAAGGUAAAGAAGAGAGAACCCUGUGACUGGCUGUCCAAAGAGUGGUUCAGUGAAGAGAAAGAGUCACUAGAUACUCGCAUCUAUUUGCUUGACAAACUCCUACCUACAUUAGUCCCAGGAAUGGAAAAACUGUUAAUGGAAGUGGAAAGAAAGAAUGUGCUUGCACCAGACAAAGAACCAAACAAAUUUAACCCCAUUAAUUUUCUUGGAGAAUAUCUGAUGAGACAUAACCCUCGGUACUGUAUUUCUACAAAACCAGGCCCGUACCUGAGAGGAAUGAAGAUGGUCACGGAGGAGCUAAAAACUGAGAUGCCAGGUACAACAUCAGAAAGGCUGGCCAGGAUGAAGUCUGAGGCAAAGAACAAACGAAAGGAAAGGGAGCAGGUGGACAAUAUGAAGUCUCAGGUGAAAGAGAUGAGAAAGGAGGCCCUGGCAAUUCAGUUCAAGGAGUGGGCAGUGGAUGUCAGUGGCAGAAUACCAUUUGCACUGGUUCAGAGUGCUCUGAGGUCUUUUCCCGAUGUCAUUGCUUCUACUCCCAUAGAUGUGAGAAAAGCAAUCUAUGACAGGAAGCUGGAAACCGUAGACACGUUGGAAAAAAAAGUAAACAUAGAUGAAUUCACAGAGUAUGUCCAUUCCUACACUGAACAUUUUUCAAACGACAUGUUCCAAGAAAUCCUGAAGCAUCUCUGUCAGUGUGCUGAUGACUUCCAAGAAGCAAUAAGACAUGAUAUGCGGAGGCAAAUGUUUACUGAUCUCUUCCUAGAUUGUGAUUAUGGAAAGGUUGGCCUCUUAGAUAGACAAAAAAUACUUGCCCUACUGGUAGACUUCUAUGACAGAAGCCCUGUGAUUGCUAAGAGGGGAUUCUGUAACCCAAGACAGUGGCCAAUAAUGGAGCUGCAAGAGAUUGAGCUUGCGGAUUUAUGGGGAGGCCUUGAUGACCAGGAAGCUUGUGAGGAAUUCAGUGAAAAGUUAGUCUUGUCUCAAACAGGAAUUUCUGAGGGAGAGAUUUUAGCAUAUGAACCUGUAGGUGAUAAUAGACAAGGCACUUAUAGAACGAGAACUAGCGUCAGAGAAGGUCUUUUUGAACAAAUGGGCAUGAGUGAAGCUGAGACUGGAGGAAUUUCUAAGGGAGAAAACCAAGCAGCAGAAUCAAGUGAUGCUGAAGAUGCUCCAGUUGCAGAGGUUGUGAAAGAAACUCCUGCAAGAAAAGAGAGUUUUUCUACGCAGCACGGCAGCCAGGUUGGCCAACAGACAAGCUCAGAGACAAGACUGCAGGAUAAGGACCUUCUGCAAGACCAAGAUAAAGGUCCAGCACACUCAGACAGACAGGAUUCUCCAGCUGAAGCUAGCCAGGAGUUUGAAGUGCCAUGGCCAGGUGACCUUCUGACUUCUGACCUAAGUUGCAGGUAUAGCAGCUACGGAGAGAGAAUUCCAGAGGACUGGAAUUGUGAAAACACUAGAUUUCCAGACUUACGUCCCAUCAUGGCAGAGAUUCAGAACCGUUGGGCUUCUCGUACUAGGAGUGCCUUUGAUGAAAGCUGUCUCAACCUGCCACAGUUUGUACAGCUCAUGGAGACAUUUGUUGGUGAAGACAUUUCUCUGCCUACUGUGAAGAGGCUUAUUGCAUUUAUCAAAGAAGAAUACAAACAGACAGAAGAGGAAAAAAUGGAACAACUAGAAAAAGUUCACCACAUCUCUCGCUUGGCCCAACGGAAACUGCUGCUGGAGGCACUUUUCGAAAAGUGGGACGACAAUGCAUCCGGGUUUCUGGACCUGGAAGAGGUGGAUGCUGUUCUAAGCACAUUCAAGGAAGGGAUGGAAAAAGAGGCCUUGAGGAAGGCAAAGAAACACCUUUGCUCCCGUUACCCACAGCUCAGCAGAGUGGGGAAGCUAUCCCCAAAGGCAUUCCAGACUUUCCUUGAGUUAGUUGCUUCUGAGUUCACCGGCGAUGUGGAUGAAGCUAUUGAUAACUUGGUGGAAUUUCUGACCACAAGUGUGGAACGAAGUCGCAUGAAGUGCUUGCAAAGCUUAACCAGGAGGAAAUGGCUGCACAAUAUCCAGCAAGCAGCUGAGACCAGCGGAGCAAGCAUGGAACCGGUUUACAAAGCCGUGUUUAAGGCCCUCUCCCAGGAUGCAGAGGCCCACGGGGAUAACAAGAAGAUCAGUGCAUAUAUUGCCCUUUUGGAAGAGAACCAGCUCUCACCAGAGCGGGGACAGAUUCUCCUACACUAUGUGGCAUGUACCACAGAUGAUGCUCCAUAUGUUCUAAACCAGAUACUUUACAAAGACAUGAAAGGAGUAAGCUUUGCAGCUGUUGAAGAGGGAAAGCCGAUCCAUAUUCCAAGAGUUCAGCUCCACAGAAAUAUCCACUUCUGGAACUACGACCGCCCAGUGGAGGAGAGAAGAGGUUCGCUCCUGGUACUGCCAUUGCACGAUGCUCGCUGGAGAGUCUUUGGCAUUCUAGGACUUGACACUCUUCGGGACCAGUGUGAGAAAACCAUCUUUCUGACCCAUGAGAUCAGUUUCUAUCAGGGAGUUUCUCAGGCGUUCAGCAAAGCCUACCACCAUGUCUGCAGACUGGAAAAUAUUCUACAAAUGGCUGUUACUGCUCUGGACUGGUUGUAUCCCAGGGCACCCAGCGUCCACACUGUUAUUACAUACCUGGUGGAGCCUGGCAAAGACAAGACAUGUGACUACGCUCUGCGCAAGGUGAUUACUACAGAUAAUACAGGACAAAAAGAAAUCCAUAGCUCUCCUGUUCUUCUCCUCAGAAAAGAAAACCUCUUAAGAGUUUACCUAUUUAAGUGCAUAGACAGUUCAGGGGUCAUGCGCACUUCUGUCUGUGGAGAAUACCACAUUGCAGUACCUCUCCGUGACCUAUCAGGACAAGCUCUUGGGAUAUUUGAUAUCAGCAUCGGACACCGCCAGAAAUUACCACCUCAUGAACACAAAGACCUGCAGAAAAUGCUAAAGAUGGCCCAAGCUGCCUGCUCUGAGAUACUGAAGAUGUCUUUAGAGGAAACAGAACCAACCUAUGUACUGGAGGCAGAACACGUGGCGAAUUUGAGGCAUGCAGGGAUUCUGUUCCACCAGUUCAUGCUGCAGGACCUGCGUGAGUGUGUCCAGAAACUCGAUGCUGAGAGCUUUGCUGAAAUAAAGAGCUAUGCAGAACCGCCAGCUCUGGUACAUAACAUAGUUAAGGCUGUGCUGUUGCUUUUCCAUCCAAACUGGAAGGGCUCAGAGAAGACUGAGAACUGGAGUCAGUGUAUACUGAAACUUGAUGACAAUUUGAUUCAGGAGAUUUAUUGCUUUGAUCCAACUGCUGCAUCUGUGCAAGUUCAAGCAGAGCUGCUGCUGGACUGCAUCACUGGUGUACCUAGAGCGGCGGUGUGGCAGCACGGCUCAGUUCCAGCCGAGUACCUGUACAACUGGGUACACACCUGCCUGUCACUAGCAGAGAUCACAAUCGGCAACAAGCGACGUCUCCAGUGCAGCUGCCGCCUCCCGCCCCCCGAGCACCGGCCUGCGCUCCGCCCGCCGCGGUUUGCUUCUCGGCUCCCCGCGGCGGGGUCGGAGGGAGCUGUUGGGGGGCGGGUUCAGAGCACACGGAAGCAAAUAGUUCGUCACAAUGAUGACGUAGUACCUACGGCAUCGUGGAGUUCCCCAGCUGAACGCUACCCGCUGUGA